AGCAAUGUUGUUUGAACUGUGGUGAGUAUGCCAGCCACAGCCCACAGGGCAGGGUGGGGCUGGAGACUGGGAGAGGUAGAGUGGAGUGGCUUAGGACACACACACACACUGGGACAGGGUGUGGAAGUGUCUUAGGGCAGGGCAGUGUUUAGGUAUGGUAAUCCAAGGGUUAAUAACGAGUGGAGCUGGGCCUGGCUCAUAUGGCACAGUAUUUAUUUUCAUGUUCCACCAUAUCACAGCAGCUUAUGUAUUCAUAACAUGUGAAUACAACAUUCAUGAAAUGUAAAAGUCUGUGUACUAAUUGUUGGUAUAUUGAGACCUUUAGUCACAUGUAUUAUCUUGGAACGUGUAAUGUUGUUGAAAUGAAAUACAUUUUACUGUUCAUGUGUAGUCUUAUGAUUAUGACUAAUCACAAUAUAAUCAUUGAACAAUACUAGCCUUCAUUAUGCAAUGUUCAACAUUAAGUGAACAAAGCUUGCUUCAUGUGAAACCAUCCAGAAACGCCUGGGUUGCGUUUGUUUGAUCAAGGAUCAGUCACAUACUGACACAACAGCACCUUCCUCUCUGGGUAUUUCUCAGAGCAGAGCCAUCACUGUCUGCUGUAAACAAACACUCUUGAAUAAUAUGGAAAUACUGGAUGAGUAGUGUAUAGUUAAUUCGUCAUUUAUUCAGUCCCACACUAAAGCUCUCUUCCUGUAUAGUGUAUCACUACUGUAUUUAAUGCACUGAACCACUCGACCUCUGCCCUCGCUCCUCUCCCCUGCCAUUGUGUCCCAGUACGGAACAUUCUGUCUAUUGUAUUGUAUUAUUAAACUAAUCUCUUGUGUUGUUUGAUCAGAGCUUUCUGACGCAGUCUCUCUGCUAGCUCUGUGCCACAGAAGAGGGAGAGACAGCCAAUAGCCUGGGGUGACAUGGAAUGGAAAAUCUCUGUCCAGACAGACAGUCAAAGACUUUCAUCAGGCGUGGUGCUGAUGGAGAUAUCUGAGGUCCACAGGAAAGUUCACCUUGAGCUAGAGGAGAAUUUUAAGACGUUUCACAGGGAGAUAAUAGCUGAAUUGGAGAGGAAGACAGACAUGGAUGUAAAAUACAUGACAGCCACCUUUAAGAGGUACCAGACGGAGCACAAGAUGAAGCAGGACUCUCUGGAGAGGUCUCAGUCUGACUUGAAGAAACUCAGGAGGAAGAGCCAGGGCAAGAACACCAACAAGUACGAAAACAAGGAGAGUGAGUGCCUGGAGACGCUGAGGUCAGGGCAGAUGGACAUGCAGAAGUUCAUCGCCGAUGGCUGCAAGGAGGCUCUGCUGGAGGAGAAGAGACGCUUCUGCUUCCUGGUGGACAAACACUGCACCUUCUCCUAUCAGAUUGCUGCCUUCCAUGACAAGGCCAGAGACAUGCUGUACGGGAAGCUGCCCACCUGGCAGGACAAGUGUAGCGAUGCCACCAACGUGCCGGAGAGCGUGAUGUCUAUGAUCGAGGGUCUCCGCACCACAGUGUCCAUCACCCCCCAGGCCUCCCCCAUCUCCCAGAGACACAGUAGGAGCAACUCCAUAUUCCAGGACACAGUUCCACCCCCUGCCCCGGUGCUGAAGGCUCAGACCAGCCCAUUGGCCAGUAUGUUCACGCAGGACACACCCACAACAAACUCAGUCACCAGAGAGACUGAGAGAGUCACAGACUACAGGGACAAUGGAGGGGAGGAGAGUGGCGGUCUAGGUCCCAGGUCAGUGUCUGUGGCCACAGGACUCAACAACAUUGUGAAGAGACCCAGGGUCCGCACCAUCUUCCCCCACACCUCUGGGACCAACGCUACGCUGCUCAGCUUUGACGAGGGAGACAUCAUCACCCUGCUCAUACCUGAUGAGAGGGACGGAUGGCUCUACGGAGAACUGGAGAAGACCAGGCAGAGGGGAUGGUUUCCAUCAUCCUAUUGUCGGGCAUAUUCAGAGCCAAUAGUGAAUAACAACAGUGUGGGGGCUCCUCCCAUGCGCAGUAAGAGCGUGGUGAACCUGCUCCACCAGGACACAGAGACAGACGAUUCCUCCAUGGUCCUCCCCCCUCCUGACUACAGCGACUUCCCCAAGAGGAGUGUCCUCCCGGGCAGCAAGCAGCACUCACCCUCCCUCUCCGCCUCCUCCGGCUCUUCUGUACACACGGGAACCCAACUGAAUGGGUUUGGAAAGACGCCUCCUUUUCUCGGGGGAGGGAACCCGUUCACCGCAGUCAAGCUGCGUCCCACAGUCACCAACGACCGCUCAGGCCCAGUCAUCUAAACCUCCAGACCCACCCUCCUGUCCACCUCUACCCAGGAGCGGCACCUCCAGCUGGGCAUCACCCCACGCUGUCCCCCCCUCCUCCUCCAGGCGGAUGGACCCAGGGCCGGACACUAGUGGACAGGACAACUUGACACUGUGGGCUGCUGUACAGAAGAUCCAGUAAUUUCACUACUACAGAUGCCAUUUGAAAUGACAUUGUCUUAAACACAGUAGCCCUACUGCUGCAAACGCUCUCCCUGAGAAGGUGGGAGGAUUUAUUUAUGUAAACAGAUGCACAUAUGUAGAUUUUCUAGACCUAUUUUUGUUGGUGAUGAUGAGUGCGACAUACUACAUGCGUUCUCGCUGGGCGUGGGAGAAAAGGAGUCGAGGAAAGCCUGAGAUUGGGCCGUUGAAAUAUCAGAAUGUAUUUAAGGUAUUUUUUUAUUUUUGCUUGUUCAAUCACUCGUCAAUGAUCUUUUGUUGCCAUAGGGCAGUAGAUGAAUGAAUGUAUGCUGUACGGGACCUAUGCAUCACAAUUCACAGAGGUCCUUAUGGUAGUGUUGCUCUUGUUAUUGUGUUGAUGUAUCUCGAAUAUGACAUGUAAAAUUGCAUUGUUGCUAUCAUUACUAAUGACCAACAGCUGGCGACUGUCGAAUAUAACUAUACUCAUUCAAGGGAAGCGCACACAGUUUUUUCCCCUCAACUCCUUCCAAGAAGUGUAACACGAAUUUGAUUGGUUGAGUGUGUCAUUGUCAUCUUGCUGAUCGGUUUUACAGUUAAGUGUUCAUACAGUGCUGCUGUUAAUAGUGGAAGAUGUGAGACCUGUUUACCUUAACUCUGUAUACCAACAGUAAUCAUUCUGUGAAACAUCUCUCACCUGUCUGUUAUUCAGUUAGCCCGGGUCGUGUUCAUUAGGCACCAAACGGAACAAAGCAGACUGAAACCUUUGAGGGAAUGUUUCUUAUUGUUUGAUAAGAAACGUUCAAUUGUUUUAAAACGUUUUCCAUUACGUGCCCUUGUAACUUCUCAAAGACCGUGCAGCCAUUUUGCUUUUAAUCUUCAUGCUUCAUGGAAGGCAUUUUCAACCUAGUGGCUAAUUGUAUUAUUUUUCUUUGGUCUGCCCUGCCUACUCCCUGAGUUUGGGAACGUUGCUGUAUGAAAAUAUAUAUAUAUAUAUAUAUACACUAAACAAAAAUGUAAACGCAGCAUGUAAAGUGUUGGUCCCAU